AUGGGAUUUGCAGAUCUCGAGAAAGGCCAUGUCCUGCACAGGUUCAACACCAGGGAAAAUGAGCACUAUGUCGGGCCGUACCCUGAGCCAUCCUACUAUGGCUACGACACCAAGAGCAGUGAAGAGAAGGAGGUAUUCAUGCGCUGGUAUAACACGGUUCGUGAUGAGACUUUUGAUUUUCAUUUUACUGCAAAACAUUUCUGGGUUGUACACACGAUCCCUUCUCCUUCACCACUCUUGCGUCUAGCUGUAUGGGUGUGUCCAAGACGCUUUUUCUACCCAAAGACACUCUGGCGCUCAUGUACGAGGGGGCGUAUGUAAGCCAGAACAUAAACGUACUCUGCGGUCUCCAUGCAGUGGCUGGCACACCUGAUUUUGAAUCUUUGGAUAAGUAUUUCGGGCUUGUAAAAUCCACUGUGCUCCCACCCAGACGUCUUCUUCACCCGGUCCUCCCCUACAGGUGUCAUAAAAAACUCAUGUUCCCGCUAUGCCGCACUUGUGCUGAAGAGUUAAACCAAGCCACUGAGUGCACAAACCGUGAUGGUGAGAGGCAACUUUCAGGUGUAUGGGUCUCAUUUGAGCUCCAAAAGACAGUUGAAAAAGGGUACCAGGUGGUGGUUAUUGACGAAGUGUGGCAUUUCCCCAACAAGUCAGACACAUUGUUUCGUGAGUAUGUCAAGACAUUUCUGAAAUGUAAGCAGGAGGCUUCUGGUUACCCCUCUCACGUCAAAACAGAGGCUGAUCAGCAGAAAUACAUUGAUGACUACUUUGAAAAGGAGGGGUUCAGGCUUGACCCGGACAAGAUCAAGGUAAACAAAGCAGUUAGGAGCUGUAACAAACUUCUCCUCAACUCUUUGCGGGGCAGGUUCUGUAUGCGGAAUAACACGCCUUCAUGCGAGCUGAUCACUGAUCCUGCUAGAUUCACACAGCUAGAUUCAUGUUUAGCAAUCACUAUGAUGUGAGACAGUUCUGCUUCAUCAGUGAGAAGGUAGCUAUGGUCCAGUGGCGUCAUGCUGAUGCGCAUGGAUCUAGAACCAAGGAUGUCAAUUUCUUUGUCAGUGCCAUGACAACAGCCUAUGCCAGAAUGAUGCUGUAUGAUUUGUUAGACAAACUGCAGGAGCAUGUGCUGUACUAUGACACAGACAGCAUUGUUUUUACAGCAAAAAGUGGGGAGUGGGUGCCCCCACUGGGGCCAUAUCUGGGUGAUUUGACUGAUGAGAUUAAUGCAGGGGAGCACUCUUUUAGGGAGUAAAAAUUCCUUCACAAAUGUGUUGAUGGCUAGACAUUGCAUCAUCCUAGAAAACUUGGAGGCCAGUGAGGACAAAAAUAAAAAGUUAUAAGACUUUUAAGAAUGUGGAUUUUUGGGUUAUCUUUGGCGCCCCCUAGAACGUAAACCGUGGGGUGCAGCGUCAUGAUUUGUACAACUUUUAAUGGCCAUGGGAUGUAGAUUGGCCUGAGCAAAUUUGGUGCCGGUGGAACGAAAGCUUAAGGAGGAGUUAGCCACAUUCCAAUGUGUGCGAAUCGGCAAAAAAUGCGUAAUAGCCCUUUAACCGUACAUUUUACAGAUACGUGCGCAUUGACUUUUUCGUAGAUCUUAUUGAGAUACACGUGAUUGUCAAAUUUUGUUUCAAUAUGACAAAGCGUAUAGGCGUGACACUCAACAAUAUGUAUUUUCACCUUAGGGGACAAGAAAAAAUGGACUUUUUUCUCCUGCCAUGGGGGGGGCGCUCUUUUGGGGAGUAAAAAUUCCUUCACAAAUGUGUUGAUGGCUAGACAUUGCAUCAUCCUAGAAAACUUGGAGGCCAGUGAGGACAAAAAUAAAAAGUUAUAAGACUUUUAAGAAUGUGGAUUUUUGGGUUAUCUUUGGCGCCCCCUAGAACGUAAACCGUGGGGUGCAGCGUCAUGAUUUGUACAACUUUUAAUGGCCAUGGGAUGUAGAUUGGCCUGAGCAAAUUUGGUGCCGGUGGAACGAAAGCUUAAGGAGGAGUUAGCCACAUUCCAAUGUGUGCGAAUCGGCAAAAAAUGCGUAAUAGCCCUUUAACCGUACAUUUUACAGAUAUGUGCGCAUUGACUUUUUCGUAGAUCUUAUUGAGAUACACGUGAUUGUCAAAUUUUGUUUCAAUAUGACAAAGCGUAUAGGCGUGACACUCAACAAUAUGUAUUUUAACCUUAGGGGACAAGAAAAAAUGGACUUUUUUCUCCUGCCAUGGGGGGGCGCUCUUUUGGGGAGUAAAAAUUCCUUCACAAAUGUGUUGAUGGCUAGACAUUGCAUCAUCCUAGAAAACUUGGAGGCCAGUGAGGACAAAAAUAAAAAGUUAUAAGACUUUUAAGAAUGUGGAUUUUUGCGUUAUUUUUGGCGCCCCCUAGAACCUAAACCGUGGGGUGCAGCGUCAUGAUUUGUACAACUUUUAAUGGCCAUGGGGUGUAGAUUGGCCUGAGCAAAUGUGGUGCCGGUGGAACGAAAGCCUUCGGAGGAGUUAGCGAAAUUCCAAUGUGUGCGGAUCGGCAAAAAAUGCGAAAUAGCCCUUUAACCGUACAUUUGACAGAUACGCCCGCACUGACUUUUUUGUAGAUCUUAUUGAGAUACAUGUGUGUGUCAAUUUUUGUGUCAAUAUGACAAAGCGUACAGGCGUGACACUCGAUAGUGUGAAUUUUCACCUUAGGGGGCGCUAUGGAGCCAUUUUUCGGCGACUUCAGAAUAUCGAAUUUUUCACCAGGCCCGGUCGUCCUGCCAAAUUUCAUGAGUUUUCCCCAGUGGGAAGUGGGCCAUUUUCCCCUUCAAAGGGGAGGAAAAUUAGAAGAAAGAAAGAAAGAAGAAAGAAGAACCCAUACAGGAAUAAUAGGGCUCUACGCCCGGCUGCUCUGCAGCUGGCUCGGGCCCUAACAAGUCCAGCAACAGCACAGUUUCGUCCGGUGUGGCUGCUGCGAUCACGUCCACCUCCAUCAUGGUUCCCUUUGGUUUAGUCUUCAUAGUCUUUGCUGUGCAUUUCUACCGCUCACUGGUCAGCCACAAGACGGACAGACAGUUUCAGGAGCUGGAGGAGCUUUCUAAUCUCACCAGGCUACAGAAUGAGCUGGACAACAGGGGCGAAUCUUCUAUCCUGCAGUCUCCUAGCUCAAAUUUCCCUUAG